AUGUAUUUCCUCAAAGGUGUACCCAAGAAACUGUGCGGCUACUUCACGGCAGUCUGUUUCCUCUGCACCGGCUUUAUCUCCCUUUCCAUUUACGCUGGUUUAUUCGGUUUCUUGAUUGCAUGCUACAUUUGUCUUACUAGCGUAGUUCUCGUUGACCUUUUUGGGUUAGGCAAGCUUACUGACGCUUUCGGUCUUCUUCUACUUUGGCAGGGAGCUGGAACUGUCUUUGGUCCUCCUAUUGCUGGGUAUCUUGCCGAUAUGACCGGAAGCUACACUUUAUCCUUCUUAUUCUGUGGGAUAAACUUGAUAGGAGGACUGAUGUUCUUUGCUAUACCUUGCCUUCAAAGAAAAGAGGAAUUGAGAAAUGUUGAAGCACUAUGCAAAUGA